CGGGGCUUUUUAUGUCUGUGGAAGUGCUGGUUGUGGUGGGACAUCUGAAGACGCUUAAGAGACUCGGGGCCUAGGAGGCUAGGCGGGACUCUGCCUGUCUCCAAUGGUAUCAGACGCAUGUUAGGGUUGAGGACGUUCAUAGAUUGGUGCAGUGGCACAUGAGGAGGUGGAUCGAAGAGAUGCCUGAGGAACAGCGGUCUAAGCUGUUCGAUGCUGCCGCUGGUGCUGGUGCAGGAACUAUCGCUGCUACUUUUGUGUGCCCUCUGGAUGUAGUCAAAACUCGUCUUCAGGUGGCGAGGUUUCCAAAAAAUGGACCCGUUGCUCUUAAAGGUGGUAUUAUUGCAGGAAGUCUGGGACAAAUCUUUAAAGAAGAAGGUGUUCGAGGUCUUUACCGAGGCUUAUCUCCUACUGUGCUUGCGCUGCUUCCGAAUUGGGCGGUAUACUUUACUGUUUAUGAGCAGCUGAAGAGACUUCUGCGCCAAGGUGAUGGCUCUGGUCAUGAGAAACUGCCACCUGGUAGAAAUGUAUUGGCAGCAGCUGGUGCAGGUUGUGCCACAAGUUUGGUAACAAAUCCACUGUGGGUUGUGAAGACACGGCUUCAGACCCAGCGCCUCAGGCCAGAAUUGAUUCCAUACACGAACACAUUUUCUGCACUUCGUCGAAUCGCUCGAGAGGAAGGCAUAAGAGGGCUAUAUAGUGGACUUGUGCCAGCCCUGGCAGGAAUCAGCCAUGUCGCCAUUCAGUUUCCUGUGUAUGAAACGAUGAAAACCUAUUUAGCCGAAAAAGCUGGGACAACUGUUGACAAGCUGAGUUCUGGUGAUAUUGCGAUUGCCUCCUCUAUCUCGAAAGUCAUUGCAUCAACUCUGACCUAUCCACACGAGGUUGUUAGAUCUAGGCUGCAAGAGCAAGGGCAUUCAAAGCUGGCGACGCUUAGGUACACCGGAGUUAUAGAUUGUAUCAAGAAGAUUGCGGCCGAUGAAGGCGUGGCUGGGUUUUACCGUGGAUGUGCGACCAAUUUGAUGCGGACCACACCAGCUGCAGUUAUUACUUUCACCAGCUUUGAAAUCAUAUUAAGGCAUCUACAAGCUACUUUUCCCCCCAAGCGGUCCGAGGCUCCUAGUGAGCCCCCUGUUAGCAGUUCAAGUGGAUCUCAAGGUGGGGACGACCUCGCCUUCAAAUCAGCUAGAGGGCCACCAACAUUAAAUUCUUUAUCCUUGACACAAAAGGACACGUGGAAAGCUGGUCGUGGAGUUACUUAACGCGUGGCGCUACCUAAUUGCUUCAUGGAAUUCUUCACCGACCAUCUUGCUGGUGCUUUCAUUGCUCCUUUUGGAACCUUCAACGAGUAACAGUAGAUCACAAGGAGCCCGUUGGCAUUUUGAGAACCAGCAUGUAUCUCGGAAUUGUGUACAUGAGAUUUUGAGUUGGGGAGGUAGACGUUGGGAAUGUUUUAAGUUUAUUUCCGACUUAACCUCCACUCUGAGAUUUGUCGAGGUAACGUCAUUUGUUAUCUUUGCACUCUCAACGGCAUGGACUUCAGCUGCAUGUGUCAAGAAGUGAACGAUGCUGAGACGGAUGACAGCUAGCUGGAGCUGCAGUUAUUUACAGUUGCAGCAUACAGCAUUGAGUUUAUGGGAGAGCAGUUUUUGCUGAGUAGCAAGUUUGAUUAUGCUCCCUGUAGAAUUUUGCUUAUUACCAUAUUCGUCAGUGAAAGUAGAUCUGUAUUGUGGUGCAUUGUUUAUCAUGCUGAGUGAAUUAAAUGCUAUACACCAGAGACUGGGUGCGACUAUGUUUGGCUAUCAGAUUGGAUAUGUCGCGGUGUCUUCUGACAAGAAACGUUAGUUCGAGUGUUAUAUGCAGACGCACAUAGCUUCAGAUUAUUACACAAUGAAUUUAUCUUGAUGGCGAGCUAUUUCAAAUGUACUGAUCAAAUUAGUCGAACGCUUAUGAAGCAAUAGAGCUCUCAGUACAAUGCGUACUUCUACGUGGCAGUGAAUUUUCCUGAAUACUUGGUAAAUCUACAAGCGGGGUAGGUCAAGUCAGAACACCCAAUAUUGUAUCUACAGUAUAGCUCUGUCAGACGGACCCACGGGAAACCACUCUACCUUGUACGUGUCAGGGAACGGUAUCUUCAACUCGGGUAAAAUUUGUUACGUUUGUACUUGGCUAUAUAGAGGUCCACCUCUAUUCUGUUUUCUCCACUACUGGUUAGAAUGGCUUCCGAAUUGAAAGGAGUAUAUUCUCCGAGUAUUACUCGGUGAAUUUCUUAUUAUCAAAAGCCGAGGAAAUAGAUCUAAACCACGUCAUUUGAAUUCGUGGAUCAGA